UAGUAGAUGCAGCUACUACAAUAUCCACGUGGCGAAACAUUAGUCGUUUAUCGAGAACUGCCCCACGAAAUUACACGUCUGAAUAGAUAAAUCGAAAAUGGAUCGUGAGGCCCACGUGUCUGCGAAGAAGGGCCCACAGUGGAUUAUUGAAAAGAAGAAAUGGAAAAUCUGAGGAUUGAUUCGUCUCAGAGGCCGAGGUUGAAGAUUAAUCGGACAAAGGAGAUUAGAAGAGUAGAAAAAACGACAAGAAGAAAGAAACACAGUUGCAGGAGAGAAAGAGAUAUGGCUGUCCGGAUAAACGCGAUGGCGGUGACGUUUGUGGCGCACGCGCUGGCGGUAAUAGCGGCGAUUAUGGUACUGGUUUGGAGUAUCAGUUACAGAGGUGGAUUGGCCUGGGAAGCUACUAACAAGAAUCUCAUCUUCAAUCUGCAUCCUGUUCUGAUGCUCAUCGGAUUUAUAAUCUUGGGAGGAGAAGCCAUCAUAAGUUACAAAUCGCUUCCGCUGGAGAAACCAGUGAAGAAGUUGAUCCACCUUAUACUCCAUGCCAUUGCUCUGGCUCUUGGGAUAUUUGGCAUCUGUGCAGCCUUUAAGAACCACAAUGAAAGCCAUAUCCCUAAUCUCUACAGUCUCCAUUCCUGGAUUGGUAUUGGAGUCAUUUCUCUUUAUGGCUUCCAGUGGGUGUACAGCUUCAUAGUGUUCUUCUUCCCAGGAGGAUCAACAAAUUUGAAAAGCGGAUUGCUUCCGUGGCACGCAAUGCUUGGCCUGUUUGUUUACAUACUUGCUGUCGGGAAUGCAGCUUUAGGGUUUCUGGAAAAGCUGACUUUCUUGGAGAAUGGAGGGCUUGACAAGUAUGGAUCCGAAGCAUUUCUUAUCAACUUCACGGCCAUUAUCACUAUUCUCUUUGGUGCCUUUGUGGUACUCACUGCUUCUGCUGAGUCUCCUUCUCCUUCUCCUUCCGUCUCCAAUGAUGAUAGUGUUGACUUCAGUUAUUCUGCUAUAUAAAACACUUUCUACAUUCCACGUUACAUCUGUAUCGCCCCUUGUACUCUCAAAACUCCAUUUAUGUAUGAUGCAUUUGUAGCGAAAAGCUUUGUGUGUUACGGCUUUGCUACUUCUGGUGUGUAAAAUCUUCAAUGAUAUUGAUGAAUCUUUUAAAUCAUUUUCUUUUCUUUUCUUUUCUUUCAUAUUGCCAUUCCUUUAACCAUAUAUGCUAUUUGCCUUAUUGGUG